CCUGGAGGGCGUCGCGAGGUCGCACCCCGCUGGGCGUGAUUAGGGCAACACAAGUUAUUGCGCGCUCAUCACAACGCGCCAGUGCUCAACAAAGCACAGAUCAGCUCGCCGGUUCGCUCCCUCGGCUCCUGCUCGCGGAGAUAGCAAGGGAGAGGUCACUAGAUAGAUCCAGCCAAAAUGUCCGCGCCGCCCGCCCCGGGCGCCGCAAACGGCUCCACUACAGCCGCGGACCUCCCCUACGGCGGCGACGUCCAGGCCGCGGCCAAGGCCCAGGACCGCGAGGCGAUCCGGACGAUCAUGGCGUGGCGCACCGCGAAGGAGCGGGGCGAGGCGCCCCCGGCGGCGCCCGCGCCCGCGCCCCCGGCGCCGGCGCCCGCGGCAGCGCCCGCGCCCGCGCCCCCGGCGCCGGCGCCCGAGCCCGCCGAGGCCCUCGCGGCGGCGGCCGCGGCGGCGCCGACGCGCCGGUCGCUGUCGGACCUCGUCGCCGAGCAGGACAAGCGGGCGCCUCCUCCGCCGGCGCCGGCGCCGGCGGGGCCGCCGCCGAGCAUCCUCGGAGUGCCGGCGGGCCCGGCGCCCAGCAUCCUAGGAAACAGCACCAAGGAAGACGGCUGGGCCGCGUCCGAGCCGGCGCCGCCGGCGACGAUUGAUAAACUCAAGGCGACCCUCGCGGCCGAGGUCGCCAAAGCCGACGAGUCUACGAAGAUGGCGACCGAGGACGCUCCUCAGGACGGCAUGGCGGCGCACGACAAGGCCGCGGCGGCGGCCGUCGCGGCCAUGGCCGCGGGCCGCGCGCCGCCGCCGCCGCCGCCCCAAGAGUCAAGUGGAGACGCCUCCGAGCCGCGCGCCGCCGACGUCACGUGCAAGCCCUGCAAGUCCCCUUUACUAGAAGGAGUCGCUGAUGACAAUAACGAAGAGGACGCGGCCGAAGCCUACGCGAAAGCAAAGGCCAAGGGCGACGCCGCUUCUGAAGCGGCCAACGCCGCCAAUAAGGCCAAAAAGGCCCUCGAAGACAAGCCCAAACCAUUGACGGGCGCCGCGGCCAAGGCGGCCUAUAGAGCCGCAAUAGAAGCGCGCCAGAAGGCCGCCCAGGCCCAGAAGCCUGACAAGAAGAAGAAGGAGAAGAAGGCGCGGCCCCGGCGUCCCGACGCGGUCGCCGCGAUGGCGUCUUCAUGAGACCACGUCGCCUCAACCCCGUCGACGCGGCCGUCAGGGAGUCUACGCGCGACGGCGUCGGUCCCCGCGCAGGAGAAGAAGGACAAGAAGGACGCCAAGGCCCCGGAGAUACCCGAAGAGGACAUCCAAUUCAUGGAUACCGUUAGGAAACACAUCCAGGCCACCGGUCCCUUGCGUUCCAACCACUUGAACGCCUUCUACAAGGCCCAUCCCGACAUCCCGAGGAAGGGCUCCGGCGCGGGCCAGUGGAUCGCUACUAGAGCCGAGAAGUACGGCAUCGUCGUGAAAAAGCCGGCCAAGUACGGCGGGCCCCUCGAAUUUCAGUUGGCACCGUCUAACUCGCGGAAGCUGAAUAUCGUCGCGGAUCGGCAAGACGACCGGCCGCCCACCCAAUUACCAAAGAAGGACAAGGAGACUAAGAGGAGGGAGAAGCUCGAACAGAAGAAGGUGAAUGAGAGAGCAGAUGAGCGCAUCAAGAAGGAGAAGGCCAAGAGUUUGCCUUACGGCGGCGACGUCCAGGAGGCGAUCCGGAAAAAAGAUAGAAAAGCGAUCCGCUUACUCAUGAAGCAACAGCACGGCAACAAGAUGCCUUCCGUCGAUUCAUUUUUGAGAGAUUCGGGCUUGUACCAGGACUACGCGUGGCUCGUGCCGCUCCUCCAAGAAAACGAGAUCGACAUGGAGGCUCUAGCACUGCUCGACGACGCGGACUACGAGGAGAUGGCCGUCGACAAGAAGACUAGGAGGGUCGUGCGCAACGCCCUCAAGAAAUGGGGGACUCAACCGUCAUCAGAGAAGAAGAAGGGCCGGACCGUCGAAGUACCUGUGAAAGCUGAAAAGCAGCGCGUCUGCAAGGUCUAUAGGGACACGGGCCAGUGUAGAUUCGGGGCGAAGUGUCGAGAUAGACAUGAUGUACCCUACAGCUCGGAGCCGCCGAAGAAGAGUCCGCGGGCGCAACGCAACGUGGCCACGCAGGGCGACAAGGACGGCGCCGGGCUCUGUAGAAGGUGGAAGCAGGAAGGGUCGUGCGUCUUCGGGGCGAAGUGUCGGUUCGCCCACGGCGCACCUCUGGCAAGGGAGGCGCCGUCACGAGUAGCUUCACCGAGGGAGCCCCGCGUCGACUCAAGAGUCGUAGAAGCGCGCAAAAACGUCGAAGCGGAGCACCAGAAGCUCGCGGCCGAGGCCAAAGCAGUAAGUGAAGCUCGGGACGCGUUAGCGGCCGAAAGAAAAGCCUUGGCCGAAGAACAAGCAAAAGCUCUGGACGAGCGCCGGCGCGUGGCGAAGAUGCGGCGGGAACGAGAAGAGGUUGUAAAGAGAGAAGACGCGGCCAAGGCCCAGCGCGAGCGGGAACGGGACGAACUGAUGAAGCAGCGCGAGAAGAUCGACGCUCAAAGAGCGAGAGCUGAGGCGGACUUUGCGGCGUUACAGCGGUUGGAGUUGGGUAGGAGAGGCCCGCCGCCGCCGCGACCUCGAGCGGAACGGUCGAACUCGUUCAACGCGACGGCGCAGCCGUACCAGCCGGGCCCGCCGCCGGACUUCGCCGGUGCUGUGGAUAGGAGCUACCCACCUCGUCAAAAUACGCUCCAGCCGCCCGUGCGCUCCUACAGUGCGAUGCGCGGCGGCGGCUACAUGCAGGGCGCGGCGCCGGCCGACGGGCGCUUCGCCGCCGAGUACAACAACCAGGGCGGCUUCUACGGCCAGGGGCCGCCGCCUUCGUCGUACGGCGCGCCUGUAGGUUAUCCACCGCCGCAGCAGUUUGCGCCGCCGCCGAUGCCACCCGUGCCGCCGCAGCAAAUGCAGCCGCCGCCGCAGAACUUCUACUGAGCUAUACGACUAAGCAUGUGACUCGUUUA